AUGAUGAACGAUAUUGAUGAUCUUCUGAAGAUUAACGACAGAAUUCAGCAAGUGCGAAGUGAUAGAAACCAACUAGCAUCAAAACUGCAAAACCUGAGGCAAACGAUGGCCAGUAAUGACACAGAAGUAGCACUCUCAGAAGUGAUAGCACAAGAAAUUAUUGAGACAGGUGCGAGUGUUAGGGGACUUGAACAAUUAAGGGCAAAAUACGGUAGUCUGCAAGUCUUAGAUAAAUUGGAAAAGGUGACUGUUCAACAAACACAAUUACGAGCUAGUAUAGAUAAACUAAGCAGUUUUGAACACCAGCUGGAUGAGUUGGUCCAGCAGCCACCGGAUCUAUUUAAGCUAGAUGACAUAAUGGCCCUACAUUCAAGUUUGACGACCGCCUUCGCUACUGUUCCUCAAAGCGAGAAUAUUGAUUCUCAGUAUGCCGCUUAUAACAGACUCAAAUCAACGGUUACCACCAAAUAUAACAACGAUAUUAUUCAGAAAUUAGCCACUAAAUGGAGCGACUCAUUUGACCAGGAAUUAUUAGAAGCGCAAUGGGACACGCCAAAGUUUGCGUCCACAUCAGUUAGUUUGGUCAAAUGUCUAAGAGAAAAUUCCACCAAACUUUAUAAAUUAAGUCAGCUCUACCUACCUUUGGAGGAGGAAACACAGGAGCGUGCCAGUGAACGUUCACUUUCACGCUCAAGCAAUGGCCAGGAGCCUAUGUUGUGGAAUUUCAAAUCACUAGCAAAUAAUUUUAACGUUAGGUUCACAUACCAUUUUCACGCCACAUCUUCAACCUCUAAAAUCGAAACUUACUUCCAGUUUCUAAACGAUUAUCUAACAGAAAAUCUGUACAAGUGCAUCAACAUUUUUCACGAUAGCUCUCAUGGGUUGACGAAGCAAGUUAUUCAUGAACAGUUUAUUAAUUACGUCUUACAACCUAUAAGAGAUAAAGUAAAGUCGACCUUGUUUCAAAACGAUUUGAAAACUUUGAUUGUCCUGAUUUCUCAAAUCUUAGCCACUGACAAAAAUUUACUGAAUUCUUUUCAUUAUCACGGGCUAGGUUUGGUGUCGUUAAUUUCCGAUGAAAUAUGGGAGAAGUGGAUCAACUAUGAAGUCGAAAUGGCAAAUAGGCAAUUCAUUAAUAUAACCAAAAAUCCGGAAGAUUUCCCAAAAUCCUCGCAGAAUUUUGUCAAAUUGAUUAAUAAAAUUUACGAUUAUUUAGAACCAUUUUACAAUCUGGAUUUUGAUCUAUUAGUAAGAUACAAACUCAUGACCUGUUCAUUGAUUUUUAUGAACUUGACUUCAUCUUACUUGGAUUACAUUUUAACCGUCGAUUCAUUAAGUGAAACAAGAACCAAAGAGCAGGAAUUGUACCAAACUAUGGCGAAACUGCAACAUGUCAACUUGGUGUAUAGAAAAAUUAAAUCUCUGUCUUCAAACUUCAUUUUUAUCCAACUGACUGAUAUUGUUAACAACACGGAAUCCAAAAAAUAUAAUUCCCUGUUUCAAAAUGUGGAGAAUGAUUAUGAAAAAGCCAUGAGUGCAGAUAUGCAAAAUUCUAUUGUACAUAGGAUUCAAAAAAUGUUGAAAGAAACGCUGCGAAAUUACUUCAAGAUUUCAACUUGGUCAACAUUGGAAAUGUCCGUUGACGAAAAUGACGGCUCGUCUUCCGUACCAAGCGCUGAGUUGGUCAAUUCAAUGAAUGUUUUGAGAAGAUUAAUCAACAAAUUAGAUUCAUUGGAUAUUCCACUAGCUAUUUCAUUUAAGGUUAAAAACGAAUUGUUAAAUGUUAUUGUUAAUUAUUUUACGGAGUCGAUCUUAAAGUUAAACAAAUUCAAUGAAAACGGUUUAAAUCAGUUUUUACAUGAUUUCAGAUCUUUAAGCAGCAUUUUGAGCUUACCAUCACAUGCUACCAAUUACAAAUGCAUGACUUUGCACGAACUAAUAAGAAUACUGAAGCUAAAAUACGAUCCAAACAAUCAGCAAUUCCUAGACCCGGAAUACAUUAAAACAGGUAACUUCACAUCAUUAAAAAAAAUUUACUCUAUUAAAUAUUUGAAGGAUACGAAGAUUCAAGAUGCCCUCUACAGAAUCAUAUAUGGUAAUAUAUUAUAA